AUGGGACAUUAUGCUAAAGUCCCGCCUCGUGCUAUGUUUAGAACCCAGUUGUUGUCUGUAUUCGCCACUGCUUUUAUCCAGUUGGGUAUUUUGAAUUAUCAAAUUACUGGUAUCAAAGACUAUUGUGAUCCAGAGAAUUCCAAAAAGUUCUUCUGUUACGGUACGACUACAUUUUAUAAUGCAUCUGUUUUGUGGGGUGUCAUUGGUCCAAAGAGGGUAUUUGGGGGUCUAUACCCUGUGUUGAAAUAUUGUUUCCUUAUUGGGUUUCUUGCUGGUUUAGCUUGUGUGGCUAUAAAGAAGUUGGCGCCGAGGAAGUGGACCAAGUACUUUGAGCCUGCUGUGUUUUUGGGUGGUUUCAUUGGCUGGGCUCCAGGAAAUUUGUCUUAUAGCACUGGUGGAGUGUACUUAGGCUAUGCAAUGAUGCACCAUGUGAAGCACAAGUAUGAAGCUUGGUGGCAGAAAUACAGUUAUCUUUUUGGUACAGGUAUUGAUGCUGGUAUUGCAUUCUCUUCCAUCAUCAUUUACUUUGCAGUGCAGUACCAUGAGAAGGAUAUUGAUUGGUGGGGAAAUAACGUUUCCUAUUCCGGAUUGGAUUACCAAAUGAGAGUUUCGGGGUCUCGAUUGGAUGUUGCUGAUGCAUCUGAUGGCUAUUUUGGACCCAGAAAGGGAAAUUUUCCGUAG